GGUCUAGUGACUGAAUUAAUUAUCGAUUUUCAAUGUUAAGUUUUCUGCUUAAGCUAGUUUGAUAUGUUCAACACGUGAACACACUCAGACACCAUAGAUACCAGGAUCGAAAAUUUAUAUUUGUGACAGACGCACGUUUUGUUUACAAAAGACUCAUCAGUGACACUCGAAUAACAAAAUGUUUAAACACAAUAAAACGGCCAAACAAAGUAAUAGAUCGUUGGUUUUUGUAUGAAAUUGCAUUACUAUCAGUACAUGCAGUACGUGUAUAUUAGUUGAUGACUAUUUCGAGGCCCUGCCCCUAUGUCGUGGACCAGUGACGAUCACAUGAUAUAAAAGAACAUGCCUGGAUACUAUGCUGACAAUGCAUAUAACAGAAGAAUCGGGAGAGCUGGGUUGCCAAAAGGUAGCAUGCCAGUGUCACGGGAAGGAGUAUUCCUUGCACCAAGAACAUAUACUAGUAACUCCUACACAAGACUGGACCGAGACCUUUCACAGUUUUCAAUGUUAUCUGGAUUUCUGAACAGUUCUAGAUCAAGCGAUAGUGACAGUGGCUUUGGUUCAUCAUCCUCGUCAUCCUUCAGUUCACCUCGUCAAAACCCAUCACAUUCAGACGGCGGCACAUCUUUCAGUUCACCACGUCAAAACACAUUUUCCGAUUCACCAUCCAGAUUUACAGCUCACCUAAGGGACAGUUCUUUUGAUAGUGGUCUCGGGUCACCAUUUUCUAGUCCUUUCAGUUCACCACAGAGAACUCCUGAUCGAUCAUGGUUUGAUGAAUACACAAAAUGGACACAACUGAAGAUACACGAGGAGGGGGAGAAAAUUGCAUCUAAACACGAACAACAAUGGCAAGUUAUGAACCUGACCGAUGAGAUAUUGAUGAGAGAACUUCAACAGUUACAGUUGGAAGAAAUAGAGAAAUGGACAGAAUUUAAAAUGAAGACAGAAAAAGAAAAAGAAGAUAUAUGUCAAAGAAAUCAGCAUGAAAAUUUACAUAGGAGAAAAGAGAAAUUUUCUCUGAAUCUGGUGGAACGACAGCAAGAGGAAAUGGAGAAAUGGACUAUUUGGCAAAGUAAGGUUGAAUAUGAAGCAGAACGAAAGAAACGUCAAAAACAUGACAGUGAAAUAAAUACGCCUGCAUCUGAAUUUCAUCAGUUUUGUCAGAGACCAGCAGAUGAAACGUGGACAGGAUUGCGAAAUCCAACGGACCAAGACAAUACAGACGAAAUGCCAAAUAAUCAAGUCCCAAACAGCUUUUGUUAUCAGCAGAAUCCUGUAUACGAGACACCGACCAAUGCUAAUUUACAGACACCAACAGAUGAAACUGGGACGAGAUGGCGUAAUCCGACAGAUCAACACACGACAGAUGUCAUGCCAAAUAAUCAGGGCCCUUUCAGUUAUCAGGAAAACACUGUGGACGGAACAACGACGAAUGUUAAUUUACAGAGUCAGUGUGGAAAUCAAGCCUUAUUAGGACAAAUGCCAGAAUCUACUUUGAUGUCACAACAUCAUGAAUCAACGUCAGGAUUUCAGAAUACAACUAAAAUAGGUCAAGAGUAUCAGGAAACAAUGCGAUUCAUACAUACGGGAAUAGAAAACUUUGAUCUUCAGUCCAAUAUCGCUGAUGAAAACAUGGACAAUACUUUAAAUACAACUACAGGUGACAGAAGUCCUCAUUCAGAUUUUACCGAUGAUGAUUAUCUACAAAAUAGUAAACCGUCUAUGUCUUACCAAGUUAGUUCGCCACACUAUAUGGCAGGUACAAAUAGACUCAAACCUGUGCAGAAGAAAAAGAAAAGCACGACUAAUUAUGAUGCUUCCUCUUCAUACUUAAAGUCAAGGAGGAAAAGCAAUGAUCAUGGAAAAGAAAUCCGAUUUUCUCAUCCCGAACAAAGUUUAAACUUACAAACGUCAGCUAUCAACGAAAGACAGUUUAAAAACUUAAGGCAUAAAGCCCUGAAUGACAGAAAAGAUAUGACAAAACAAAAAUCGAAGAUAGAAAGCUAUACCAUGAAAGGAUAUACUGGAAUAGUAGUAGAUUUUGAAAAAAUCGAAAUGAUUCAAACAUUAAGUGUACAGGGGUUAUGUAAAAAGCAUAUCGCACGAUGGAAUGACACAGUUGUUGUUUCAAAGAUGAUUGAUGUGCAUAAAGUUUCAGAAAGGACAACAACAAAAUUUCAAGAUGAAAUAUUGUUAUCAAGUGCCAUAGAACAUUCAAAUAUUGUAAAAUAUCUAGGUGCUUCAAUUGUUCAUCCAAAUUUGUGCAUACUUACCGAAUUCAUGCAGACAAAUUUAUACGAAGCACUUCAUAUUGAGGAAAAUAUUAAAUUUCUUGAAAAGGAAAAGAUAAAAAUUAUACAACAGGUUGCUUCGGGACUUGAAUAUCUUCACAAAAAAGACAUGUCACACUUUAAUUUAGAGACUCGCAAUGUUCUCCUUGACUAUACGCCAGGUUCGUCUUUAGUGGCAAAAUUAAGUGACUUCAGUCAUAGCGUAAAGAUCAUGAACGAAACAGAAGAAAAAUAUAUGCGUUCUGACCAGAAUUCACGUUAUUCUGCACCAGAAGUAUUGUGUGAGGAUUAUGUCAACAUGAAGUUUCUAAAAAUGGCAGACGUCUAUUCAUUUUCAUUGAUAAUAUUUGAAGUUAUUUUUGAACAAGAGCCUUUCCAAACUUUGGAUAUUUCAGAAGCCGCAAAACAGAUUCGCGAAUCAGGUUUAACACCUACAAUUCCAAGAAAUGUCUGUGUCAACAAAACCUUACUGAGUUUUAUUAUGUCUGGUUGGAAUAGAGACCCAACUCAACGUCCGACUAUUAGACAUUUUGCAAACUAUUGUCUUGGGAUGGAUCAUAUAUUUACAAAGUCUAACACCCAAGACAAAGACAUCACCAUUUAUUUUUAUUUUUGUCUUUGCUUUAUCGGAUUUUUAUCUGUGGAUGAGUUUAUAUUUGAUAUUAUGUCAACAUGCAGCAUAGUAAUGUUAUUUAUGUUUGUUCUCUCGUGCAUUAUAUUGUUUAGAUCAAGUAAUAUCAAACUUACGAACACAAGAUGCUAGUCUUGAAUGCACUGGCUCAAAGACCUGUUAAUACUGUUUAUAAUGCUUUUUUGUUAUUUUUUAUUUAUAUGGAUCUUGUCCGUACACCACCUUUGAUUAUUUGUAAUAUCUUCAAUUUUUCACUUAUUCUUACUACAUUUGUAUAAACUUCAAGAUUAUCAUUAUUUUUUUUUAAACCGUUUUUUUUUCUGACGUGAAUAUUUUAACCUAUAAUGGUUUACUUUUUAAAUUGUUAUUUGGAUGGAGAGUUGUCUCAUUGGCACUCACACCACAUCUUCCUAUAUCUAUUGAUCAAUAUUUUUGAAGGGUUAAAUAUUUCUCAGUGGUGUCCUGCCAUGACUUUGUUUGAAUUUGUUUGUUAGCUUUUUGGUCAUGAAUGUUUGUCUCUAAUAUUUAAUUAACUGUGCAUUUGUAUUCAUAUAUCGCAGAUCAAAUUUAUUUGUUCAUUGUGUAGUCAUACGUUUUUUGAUUGAGUUAAGUCUGCCAAUUGAUAUUUUAUCGUGUGUUUUUCUAUGUUGUGAUGUUAUGCUAUUGUUUCAGAAAAAGGGAGAAGGUUUGGAUCCAUUAAAACGUUUAAUCCCGCUGCAAAUGUUUGCACCUGUUCUAAGUCAGGAAUCUGAUGUACAGUAGUUGUCCUUUGUUUAUGUAAUAUAUACGUGUUUCUCGUUUUGUUUAUACAAAUUAGACCGUUGGUUUUCCCGUUUAAAUGGUUUUACACUAGUAAUUUAGGGGCCCUUUAUAGCUUGUUGUUCGAUGUCAGCCAAGGCUCCGUGUUGAAGGCCGUACUUUAACCUAUAAUGGUUUACUUUUUAAAUUGUUAUUUGGAUGGAGAGUUGUCUCAUUGGCACUCACACCACAUCUUUUUAUAUAUAUAUAGUAUGUGUUUUAGGAAUACAAUACUAAAUUUGCAUUUA